AUGUCCCCAGAAGGUUACGCUCCCGAAGACUAUGUGAAUACAAUUGCGGAUGUUAAGAAUUUUGAGACUCUAAAAUCGCGCUCAGACGUUUGUCAGAUGUUACUUACAAGUUGUUGGCGUUCACAUAAAUACGUUUCUGCAAUAUUUCAUACUGUGGUCACAAAGAUAUUUUCUGUGCAACUCGUCGGAGUGCUGGUCUGCCGUAUCUUGUUGUUUCAUUACUUGCGACCGAACCGAUCAGAAAUGAAGCCAAAUGCUUAA